AUGCUUUUGGAGCUUCGCAAUCUCAGAAUCACCUUGCACAACUCCCGGAGCUACCUUCUGCUUCAUCUCAUUGAGCUCUCCGAUCUGUUCCGGGAGGUGGCGUCCUGGUCUCCGCGUUUACAGGUGGAGACCCGUGAGGCCAGUGCCAAAGCUGAAGUGGGCACCCACCGCGCAUCCACAGAGCCGGAAUGUGAGCCCCAGGGCUUCACUCCGGCACCAGAAUCUGCCUUCAUGUCUCCGGCUCAGAGCUUGCCUGCCUGCAUCUACUCAGGCCCAGCCCUCAUCCUGCACAACGAUGAGGUCACAGUCACAGAGGAUAAGACCAAUGCCCUCCUUAAAGCAGCGGGUGUAAAUGUGGGACCUUUCUGGAGGAACGUGUUUGCAAAGGCCCUGGCCGAAGUCAACAUCUGGAGCCUCAUCUGCGAGGUAGGGGCUGGAGGAGCCACCCCAGCAGGAGAUCCCGCUCCCCCCUCCGGGGCUGCCCCUGCGGAGAAGAAAGUGGAAGCAAAGAAAGAAGAAUCGGACGAGUCUGGUGAUGACACACGUUUUGGUCUUUUGGACCACACCUCUCCCGUAACCUGUUCAGUAAAAAGCUGA